AUGACGGAAGAACCUCAGAUUCUAAAAAAGUCGAAUAAAACCAUGAUGGAUGUUACUACAGUAAAACCAGCCAAUUUAAUAGCUAACAUGGAGAACUUGAAGAAAGAGAAGGCGGCUAAAGAAGCUCGAGGAAUGGAUAAAGAAGCUGAAGUCGUGGCAAAGGAGCCUAAAGCCAUGGCAAAGACUGAUGAAGUUAAGAAAAUGACUGACAUGAUGGUUAAUAUGGAUGAUGCCAAGGAGGAAAUGAAGGAUGAUAUCAAUGAACAUGUAGACAAAGGUUUGAAGAACGAUUUGCAAGCUACUGCGGCUUCUAUCGUGGCUACAACUAACCAAAAUAGCGUGAAAGAAGCAGAUGAUAAUGCUGAAAAAGAUACGAAGAUACCUAAAGGUCUUGUGGUUCCUAAAAGUAAAAAUUCUGAUGACCAACCCUUGAAAAUUAAAAAAGAAGAGCAUAGUGACCAUAUUGAUGUAAAUUCAGAUUCAGAAGGUGGUGGCAUAGUGACUUCUACACAAAACAAUGAAAUGAAACUUCAUGAUGUUGAACAAGGCAAAGUAAACCUUUUUGAUAACAAAAAUGAAGCUACAGAGACUGACGAUACAAAAUUAGAACAAGCUAAAGAAGAAAAGGUUACUAAUUCUCACGAUAACCCAUCUAAAUCAUCUUCCGACCUAGCUGCCACUCUAUCAAGCAUGUUAUGGCCUGUUGACACCGCAGAAGCCACAACUGCCAUGCCCAACCAAGUCAUCUCUUUCUUCACGCCUUCAGACCAAACCUUGUCUUUGGAUUCACAACCAAAGCAACUGCUACAGAAAGUGACCAAACUCGACCUUCAGAAUCCAGGCAAAAUCAUUGGUCUUACGGUCAGAACCGGUCAAUUGCUUCAUGUCACCAAGUCUCAUGGUGAAAUUGACAUUUUAAAUUCGACUUCCUUUGAGUUUCUCAGAAGUCUACAUACGAUGACGACGAUUCACAGAAUCGGCUACUUUGAGGAUGGCAAAAUGGUAGUAAAUGAAGCUCUCAACUCUACUUUGAAUGUGUACGACGUUGAAGGAAGAGUGAUUGAUCAGAUUGGUAUUGAUUAUCAGGUUUUGGAUUUGCAAGUCUUGGAUGAUAAGGUAUGGCAAUUUUAUUUCACAAUGAAGGCUAGGCUUUAACUUUUUUGCCUAAAACUUGGCACGAUUUGUUUUAAAGCGAAUUCUUCGUAUAACUUGUCACUCGCAGUCUGCAAGACAAAAAGCUGUUUUGGCAAAAAAACAGCAACAACUUUCUUUACAAGUUAAAAAAUAACAAAAUCUUUCUUUACAAAUCAAAAAAUGCCAAAAACGUUCUUUACAAAGCAAAAAAUAGCAAGAACCUUCUUCACAAAACACGAAAUGGCAAGAACUUUCUUUACAAGACAUAAAAUGGCAAGAACUUUCUUUACAAGGCUUAAAGUAAUAUAUUUUUUACUAUCCUUACACUACUAUUACCUUUUACAGAUUUAUGUUCUCAGCCGCACCGAUGCCACAGUAUACGUAUACGACAAAGAGCUCGACCUCACAUCAGUAAUCAGGCUAUCAGAAACGCCAAAAGAAAGCUGUAACUUUAUCUUACCGACCGAAUCUGCCAUUUUCUAUUCAUGCCAAUCAGCCAUUCUGAAGGCUACACUCAAUGGCACCAUUGUAGCGUCUGGUUCGAUUCCAGGUGGUUCUUAUUCAUUGGCAUUGCUUCAAAAUGGCAAUGAAGUUUGGGCCGCUCAACGAGGCAGAGCCGAGUUUCAUGUUUAUAACAAAGAUGAGCUCAAGUUCGUACGACGAUUGGUUGUGGAUUCAGAAGAAACGGCGUUAUGGUCGAAUGUGGUCAAAAAUGAUGACUUACUUUACUGUUUAGACUAUGUUAUCAACUCGAUCAGUGUUUAUCGGAUAUAA